UCCUCCUCCUCCUCCUCUCCGUGAUGGCGUUCCGGGCGGUCGGCACCUACUACAAGGACAUCACCGGGGGCUACUCUCAUCACGACUGCGACCCGAACCCACGGCCAUCCACCAUCAAAGGCGCCGCGUUCGGGUCCAACCUGAGGUCGCUCCUCGCCGCCCUCCCGUCCGCCGCCGCGCUGACGGGCUUCGCCUCCCUCGGGUCCGGCAGCGACGAAGCGCUCGUCAGGGCCCGAGGCCUCUGCUUCGGCGAGUCCCCGCCGCCGGAGUCCUGCCGCGUGUGCCUGUCGCUCUCCGCCUUGAGCCUCCUCGCCGCCUGCGACGGCAACCGGAGCGCCGCCGUCUGGACCGACGGGUGCUUCCUGGCCUACACCGACGGCAACGCCCCCGCGGCCCGUGGGCGUGACCUCGUCCACAUCGCCGUGGCCGCGACCUCGUCCUACCGCGACCCCUCCUGUGACGCCGGCGAGCUCGUCAGCCUGGCCCGGUCCCUGGCGGCCCGCGCCGCGACCGGCAGCUCCGGGCGGAUGCUGGCCACCGCGGACGCGACCUGCCAGGCGGGCGGCGCCACGGUGCACAUGCUGGCCCAAUGCCCGAGGGACGUGGCGGCGGCGGAGUGCGCCCGGUGCCUGGACGACUCGGCGCGGGGCUUGCCGGACUUCCUCUACUGGGCGCCGGGCAUUCCGGCAGGCUUGUCGUCGCUGCACCGCUACAACUGCGUCUUGCGGCUCGAGAUAUUCCCUCCACCGCCGCCCAUCGGAAGGGCAGCAAGGAUCCGGAAGAAGGUAAAAGAUAACAUUGUUGUCGUGACAGUGGGCGCCGUUGUAAUCGUGGCCAUAAUCGGUGUUGCAUCUUUUCUAUUGGUCAAGCGAAAGAUCAACAAGGCUAAGCUGCUCGGCAGCUCGAUGGCUAGGUAGGACUGAAGGAAAUAUGCCCUAGAGGCAAUAAUAAAGUUAUUAUUUAUUUCCUCAUAUCAUGAUAAAUGUUUAUUAUUCAUGCUAGAAUUGUAUUAACCGGAAACAUG